GUUUGAAACCAAAGCACAGGAGAUGUUUAUAUAAAGAAUUGUUACUACAGAGAGCAUAGAGUUCCUGUAGGCCCUGUGCACUUGGAUGUUACUGAUAUGCUUCCAGCGAUGCUCUAUUAUUUAAGAUGAAUAUAUGCUGAAGAUUCAUUGUUGUGGCUCCCAGGAUUCACAGCUUCUAUCAGGUGAUCAUCGCGGUAUUUACAAAAAGGACAACUGAUUGGAAGUUUAACUUUGGCAGAACAAGUUGCAGUGAAAAUCAUUAUGAUAACCCCUGCGUUCGACAUCCGCCAGGAUUCAGAUUUUCUUACAAUAACAAUCAAGGUUCCGUAUGCCAGAGCUUCGGAAAUCGAUAUUUACAUUGAAGGCGACGACUUCAAAUUCUACGCCAAGCCGUACUUCCUGAGGCUGGCACUGCCAGGAAGGAUCGUAGAAGAUGGAAGACAAAAGGCAACUUACAAUGCUGAUGACGGUAUCAUAACAGUUUGUGUACCUAAAGAGACGCCUGGACAGCAUUUUGAGGGACUGGAUUUGUUGACUUCUCUUUUGGCGCCUCGAGGAUCCAAGUCAGCUAAACCCCUGAUAGAAGAGAUUGGGUCUUCACAGGAUGUUCUUGAGGAGGAAGAUGAAUUUGAUUGGCAGAUAGAGCAGACUCCUUUCGUGGAACCUACAGAAGAGGCUCUCCAGUCACAGUGCACUUACGGCUUUGGGAAUUUACGGUCAGGCGUCUUCGGGCGACUGCAGGAGGAAUUGAAUGAUGUUAUUGACUUAAGGGAUCCAGACGUCACUCCGGCAUCAGAGCGCACACGGAGGCGUCUGGCAGCUGAAAAGAUGAAGUUUGACCCUGAUCAUUACCUCGCUGAUCUGUUUGAAGAUGAACCUGUUCAGCAUUUACUGAAAUAUCAGCCCUGGUGGGCGGCUGAAAUAGACGCAGGAUGCAGUCAGUCAGCAGAGAAUCAGGAGAGAAGAGUUUCCUUCAGUGACAAACAGAAAGAGCAGCUGAGAAAAUUCACAAACAAGUCACAUUUGCUUGAUAAGAAAACGCAACAACAAGCCUACCUGGGGCUGAUCGACCUCCUCCUGGCCUACUGCUAUGAAGUGCGCGUUACGGAGGGCGAGCGAAACGUGGAAUCUGCGUGGAACAUAAGGAAGUUAAGUUCAACUCUCAGCUGGUUUGAGAAUUUCACGUGUAUAAAGGACGCUUUGGUGUCAUUUGGAAGACGAGUUUUAUGUUAUCCACUUUAUAGGCACUUCCAGCUUGUGGAAAAAGCGAUUUCGGACACAGUCUCGCUGCUCAAACUGGGUAAAGCUGCUGUGCUGAAAUGCUUGUUGGAAAUCCACGCUAUAUUCCAAGAGAAUGACCCCGCAUACAUCCUAAACGACCUCUACAUUACAGACUAUUGCAUAUGGAUUCAGAAAGUCAAAUCUAAAAAAGUUGCGGCUCUGUCAGACUGCGUGCAAGCUCUGAGCAUUUCCAAAUCUGAUCUGGGGUUGGAGCUGGAGGAGCUUGAAGAUGCCGCACGUCUUGUGCAAGAGGAAGAGAAGCAGGAACAGUUGGCACCAAGCACCUGUCUUGCCCAGCCACUGGCGACUGUUGUAUCUGAAUCAUCAGACACCGACAGCUCUACGUCUGACACAGACGACUCCUCGACAGACACUGAAGACUCUACAUCAGAUGAAGAAUCUACAUCAGAAGAAGAGCCUACAGACCACGCAGAGUCAGAGAAGAUUUUUGUGGCUGGUCAGGAUAGCAAGGCUGAGAGUUCUCUAGAGAAGGCAGGCGCUGAGAAAUAUAAACUGCCCGCAGCUGAAAAAGCAGAGACGGCAGUUACGGAAGAGAUGAAACGUCUAACCGAGAAGAUGAAUAGUGCAGUCAUUCUCUCAGAACCCCUCAUGGGACCACCCGGCGUUACAGACAAGUCCCUAGACAAGAAAGCAGAAGAAUACACAAUGCAGCCGGCACAAAGCACAUCAGGGACACCAACAGCCAGGGAAUUUCUAGAGGUGACACCGCGGCUGAAUCCACUGCUCAUUGUUCCUCUCUCGGAUGAGGAUGAUGAGUUAGCGGAACACUGAUGGGCUUCCUCUCCCCAUCUCUUCUCUGCCCAGUCUGCUUUAGGAUCCUCUCUGACAGACGUUGCUUGGAGACAAUUAAUAGGGACUGUGCGUUGGAACUGGAAUGGGGGCAGUGGGGCUGAUAGGCUGGCAGAAGUAUUCCAGCCUAUCAGGGUAUUACAGCUCCUCUCAAGGGUGGGUGUGCUGGUCCAGCAACAGGGCACUAAGGGCAAUAAUACAUGGUGGGAUUUCUCAUGUGUUUUUCCCACCACAUGUUUCUAUGUGAUAAACACAGGGCCAAAAUACCUGAAUUCACCCAGCAUUGAUUCCUAUGGGAAUUGCAACUCCAGCAUGGGAGAAUUUGACACCAUUUGCAAAAAUUAAAGCAGAGUGCAAAAAA